CAGCUGCUACGUCCAAACUGGGUGUCUCAUCUGUGGGAUGCUCGGAUCCGAGUAAACCGUUGAGGUUACUACCACUACUAGGUGGUUCAUCGCCGGUUUUCUGGCACUCAUCUUCAUCCACAUUCGAUCCUGACGACUGGGAAUUAUCAUCCGACACACUGGACUGCUUGGAUACCGUUUGUGUGGGACGGAAAAAUAUCCUGUCCUUGGACCCGCGUUUUGAACUUACUGAAGCCCUUCAAAAAACGCAGAGUGAGCAAGAAACAGAGACAUUAUUCAAUGACGAAAGUGGAAUACUCAAGCAGAACGGGAACGCGAUUACAGUUUUUCUGGUUCAAGCUCAAACAUGCCGCGAAAGGCGCGAAUGCGUCAUGCUUUAUGAGUCUUAAUGGGAAGGGCUUAAGACGUAACGCCUAGUCAUUUCGGCUUAAACGGAAUGAUAAGAAGUGCCGCCAAAGUGCACACGCCAUACCUCAUCUGCCGCUUAGAUGGCAUAAGAGCAGUCUGUCCUCAAGCCUUGACUUCGGCGUCACAAAACAUAACAUUUUUUUGACUUGUCGUCGUUGUCAAAGUUUACUUAUUUUUUUGCGCAUUGUUAAUUAAAGUGCAGUAAUCAUUUUAAUAUACAUGGAAUGGAAGUGUUAAGUGCUCCUAUUAAAAGUUAAAGAUUUUGCAAAGGGACUGAAGGACUGUCUGCGCCUCUCGUUAUCGGAAAAUCACAAAAUGACUACAAACCCUUCUCUGUCAAGAAAUCCUUUGGAUCUUAAUGGAACGGCCUUCGAUCCGGACCAGUACUUGCGACGCGUUUUGAAGGAAGAGGCUUUGGUGGACUUGAUUGAACAUGAAGCGGAGAUGGUGCAGCAGAUUAAAGCUCUGGAUAGCGAUAUGCAGACACUGGUGUACGAAAAUUACAACAAAUUCAUAACAGCUACUGACACUAUAAGAAAGAUGAAGCAGGAUUUCGGUCAGAUGGAACAAGAAAUGGAAAAAUUGGCUAAAAACAUGGUAGCUAUUAACGAGUUCAGCACGAAAGUAACCGCUUCCUUGGAUCCUAACCGAUCGAAGAUCAAGAAAUUAUCUGAAACCCAUGCCAUUUUGAAGCGACUUCAAUUUUUAUAUGAUUUACCUGCUCGGCUACAAGAAUGUUUAGAUACAGAAAGCUACCGCCCUGCGGUAAUCGCUUACUGCAAAGUUCAAACUGUUAUGGAAGAAUACCGCUACCUGACAGCUUUCAAAAAAAUCUAUGAGGACUGCAAUGACAUUAUGAACAAUUUGAAAAAGGCGCUUUAUCAAAAAUUCCGCCGGAAGUCAUCCACAACACGUGAACUUGCCGAAUGUAUUGAGCUGUUCACUAUGCUGAAAGAACCAGCGGAAAUUCUGUGUCAGGAAUUUCUUGCGCAUGCAGAAAUUCGACUGCAGGACGAUCUUGCGGUUUUGGAUGAACAGUUGGCCAAGUGGAACGAUCCUGGCGUUCGGCUGGAAGCUGUCGAUGUGUUAAGUUUCGUGGAUAUGGGAUCGAAUGGUUUUCUAAGCAAUGUCUGUCUCGUUGUGGCCAGCUAUAACGAUAUGUUCAUGUGCCGGUUUGAGAACACUCAAGCUGAUGAGGAAAGUAAUGAAAUUGCCAGGAGGAAACUUUUCCAAUUUGUCAGCAAUCUCAUGGAGCGGUAUUUUCAUCUAGUCCGACAGCGUGUGAUGAAUGAAACCCUGGAUUCAUCGACAUGUGAUGUCUAUGUUCGCGCUCUGGAUCGUUUUUCGCGACGUUUACAAGCACUUGAUCGACUUAUUAGCGAAACCGAUUACUCGCGUGUUGGGUCGAAGAUGGUGCAGGAAGCUGCCAGCCUGCGAUGUCGACAAUACAUGGAGAAACUAAAUGACGACUUCCGAAAAACUCUGGAGGAAGUCCGCGAAAUGCUUUCCGUAAAAUUCACAGCCACUGAUUCGACCCAGAAAAUUUUGAUGAUUGGUGUACAGAAAGUGCAUUCGAAUUUAAUGGAGCGAGUUAAAAUAGCGUUAGCGGAUCUCAAGGCUUUUGUACAACCGGAAAUCAUGUUCGCUUCGAACAAAAAUUUCUACGACCAUUUCUGUAAAGUCGAUGUCAGGGAUACAAUGGUAAUCGGACAUUUUCGAGAGAUGUUAUCGCUUUCGGAGAGCUUCUGUAAACAUGGUGGAGACAAACUGGCCGGAUCGGCGUUAGUUUUUCUUGUUCUGUCUCGGCAUUUCCUUGAUUUGAAUCAGUCCACCAUCUCCUACGCAAUGAACGUCACGAGAGAGAAUUUCCCCGUCGAGGACAAAAAUUCCGUUGCCAGCCAGACAAUAUCUAACAUGAUGCAGCGCGCCAAGGAUACUGCUCAGAAACUGCUCAAUUAUUUUGUGCAUCAAGAGGGUCUCUCGAUUUCGCAAAUGAUCCGAAAGAGCGUAGAGACUCGCGAUUGGCUAAGUACGAACGAGCCCCGCACGGUUCGGGCCGUGGUCAAGCGGGUAGUCGAGGAAUUGACCGUCAUCGACCAGCAAGUGGGUCAGUUGUUCGAGGAAGGGCACCGAAAAGAUGCCGGUAGCGGUUCCAGUAAGCGCACUCGGCCCAGUGUUAUUAAGAGCCAAGCUCGUAGCGCCAAUUGGACAAAUUACUCGCCCGUUGAUACGAGCCUCUUGAGUAACAUCCAGAAAUUAUUUAAUGAGCGUAUUGAAAUAUUCGGAGAUGUUGACUUUGCGAAAGUAUCCAUUUUGACCGGUAUUGUGAAAAUUGGACUAAAAACUCUACUGGAAUGUGUGCGACUUCGAACGUUUGGAAAAUUUGGUCUGCAACAGAUUCAAGUGGAUGCUUAUUACCUGCAGCAAUAUCUCUGGCGGUUCGUUAGCGACGAAAAUUUGGUAACAGCAUUACUGGACGAAAUAGUCAGCAGCGCUGUGCAACGCUGUCUGGAGCCUGUACUUAUGGAGCAAAGCGUAGUUGAAGCAAUCUGUGAUCGCGGAUGAAUCCGCCUUGCAUAACAUACAAUUUCAGAUUUAUUAGUUCUAGUUAGAUAUCAAAAAUUGACUGCAGUGGAAAGAAAAGACCAUGGUUUAAAGCGAAAGUAAAACAUUCAGAAAAUCGACCAGCCCCCACAAAUCUACAUUAUCUGUAACAGCUUCUUCAGUUCUACCAUUAACUGCCAAUCUGCUUUCGUUAAAUCAUCUCUAAAAUAAUCUUUGCAAACGUCUAUUGAUGGUCGUGAAAUCUUACUGACCAUCGUAUCUUCUAUUUCGAAAUGGCGCCCUAACAGUUUCGGAGUUGCCCCAGGUUCGGGGUCAAUUUUAAUGCAAACUUCUUGACCUUUCUUGGCAAUGUCCAUCGGUUUGUGGUUGACUUCAAUACUGGUGACGAUGCCAAUAUCGACGAACUCCUUCGACGGAACUGUCAGCGGUGUGCCCACUUUAAGGACACCAGCGUCAACGACAACUCCCACAACGAUUGGAUCACGCGU